CGACGCCGACGCGAGAGGGCAGGGAACACAGCCACUCGCCGACGAGACCCCGGCGCGCGCGAGAGAAAGAGAAGAGAGGAGGAUCUUUUGUUCGUGAAAAAUAUUGGAGGCGGAGGGAAGGUGAAGGAGGGGGAUCGGAGAUGAACGUGUUCCGGCUGGCGGGGGACAUGACCCACCUCCUCAGCGUGGUAGUGCUGCUCCUCAAGAUCCAUACCAUCAAGUCCUGCGCAGGCAUAUCUCUGAAGACACAGGAGCUGUAUGCACUUGUUUUUGCAGCACGGUACCUGGACCUGUUUGUUCAUUUUGUGUCUCUGUAUAACACUGUCAUGAAGCUGGUCUUCUUGGCAAGUUCUUUCUCGAUAGUUUGGUACAUGAAGCGGCAUAAGAUUGUGCGGAGGACAUAUGACAAGGAUCAUGACACCUUUCGCCAUUACGUUUUAGUGUUGCCUUGUCUUCUUCUGGCUCUCCUCAUUAAUGAGAAGUUUACUUUUAGAGAGGUGAUGUGGGCAUUCUCCAUUUAUUUGGAAGCUGUCGCGAUAUUUCCACAACUUGUGUUGCUACAGCGGACAAGGAAUAUUGACAACCUGACUGGCCAAUAUGUCUUCUUCUUGGGUGCCUACCGUGUGCUUUAUAUCCUUAACUGGAUUUACCGAUACUUCACUGAGCCCCAUUUUGUCCACUGGAUAAGUUGGAUGGCAGGAAUAGUGCAAACUCUGUUGUAUGCUGACUUCUUCUUUUAUUACAUAAUGAGCUGGAAGAACAAUGUGAAGCUAGAGCUGCCAGCUUAAGGUUGCUGCUCCUGUCCCCAAGAUAUAGUAGGGUAAUAUAUCAGAUAGGCAGGCCCCAUACACAGCAUGAUCAUUGCUAUCGCCAACUGGGUUAUGAAAAAAGCAUUUUAGUUGCGUGGCUUGUAUCGCCUUGUAUCUCUCUGCUAUUGUUGGAAGAACAGGAAAGUCAGGCUCACCAUGUAACUUUUUACAAUAAGCUGCGUAAGAUCAGCACUAGAAGGUUGUGAAUUGUGAUCGUCCUUAGGGAAUUUUGUGCUGAUGUAACCCUUUCGGCAAGUGAUUCUCAUACAAUAUAAUCUCAGACUAUAAUUGGU